AUCAGAAGAGUCCACUUAAUUUGAGGGUUGAGGGGAUAGGGUGUCUUUUAAGAUUUAAAACAUAGCCAAUGAUAAAUAUAUAUAUUUUACAUUGUUUGCAAACUGAUAUGUAACAUGUAUUAAUGCCAAAAUAACAUGCAAAACAGGCAAGCCACUCCCAUCAUUUUUCAUUCGUAUUUAUUGAUUAUUUUUUUGCUAAAAUUGUGGGGCUCUCACCUGCCCUGAAUGACGGGUCGCCACUGCGCGUGUCACAGGAACAUCGCCAAGAAGUCGACAUAACGACGACCAGCUGCCCUUUGGGGUAGAUAAUUCGAGUGGUCCUGCACCCAACCCCCACAGGCUAUUUGUGCAUAGCAUGGAAAAACAACUCACAUCCGACCAGAGCCCGGUUUCCCAAAGUACAAGUCUAAAUUCAUUGUUAGAACCUUCUUAGGAGCCUGAUACACAGCCAAUACAGGAGGUGGCGGCAUGCACCUAUCCUUUGUAUGUGCAUCGCCUUCUUCGAGAUAGAACAUCUCAAAGAAGUUGACGUGACAUCGACCAGCUGGAAUAAAUAGCCUACACCCCUGGUUGAGAAUGGACGCAGUUGCUGACAAUUUUGCAAUGAUGGGAAGCAUUAUUGGAUAACUUUUAAACAUCGUUGGAAUGGAUGCCGCUGCGCUCACUUCCUUCCCCUUUGGAGGAAUCGUUGUCUCAUCCGUUUGUGCGAUCUUUCUCCUGGCCCUCAUGCUCUUGUCAUGCCGAGGCAGGAACCAAGAGGUGAUAGGAGCGGGCCGUGCGGUGCUGAUAACGGGCUGUGACAGCGGAUUCGGUCAUCAUCUGGCCCGCAGGCUGGAUGCUCAGGGGUUUGUGGUCUUCGCCGGUUGUCUGUUUCCCAACGGAGACGGUGCCCAAACUCUGCACAGAGAGAGCUCCAGCAAUAUGAACAUUCUCAAGCUAGACGUCACUAAAGAUGAAGAUGUGACACAGGCAAGGACUGUGGUCCAAUCUAACCUGCCAGAGAAAGGGCUUUGGGCAGUUGUGAACAAUGCUGGCAUCUCAGACUGGUCAGAGACAGAGUGGAACACCAUUGAUGAUUAUCGCAAUAUGGCUGAGGUCAACUUAUUUGGCAGCAUCAGGACCUCCAUAGCUUUCCUCCCAUUGGUUCGUGCCUCAAAAGGACGGAUGGUGUACGUCUCAAGCAUCUUUGCCUUCUUCAACUGUCUGACCAUGGGGGCCUACAGUAUGUCAAAGAGAGGACUGGAGGCGUUUGCCGACUGCCUACGGGUAGAGAUGGACUGUUUUGGAGUAAAGGUGAGCAUCAUCCAGCCAGGUAACUUUGGUCCUGCUACCAGCAUCCUGAGGCGGAGAACAGGGACAGAAAUCUGGGAGAAACUGGACGAGGAGCGUCAACAGAUGUUCAACAGACAGUAUGUGGACCUGGCUAAUAACUACCACAUGUCUACAUGUAUGACUGGCAACCAGGACAGCAGCCUGGUCAUAGACGCUAUGGUGGAAGCCCUCACAGCAGACAGACCUAAACGCAGAUAUCUGUUGGUCUCUAAGCUGGAUAUGUUGUUCUUCUAUGCCUUUCCCUAUCUGCCGACAUGCGUCACUGAUUCAGUUUUCUACCUCAGUCCCAUGUACAACAAAAGAAAAGCAAUGCUUUAUUCCAAAUAGAGAAUAUCUGUAUUAUGAGUGACAGUAGAGAAAGUGUAUGGCUUUGUGUUAUGUUGUAAUGUGCAAUAUUUUUACAUCGCGCUUCUCACUUAUUCUGUGUUGCAAACUUGCUUGUGAAUAGAAGAUGUUCGGGAUGUUACUAAGAGGAUUCAAUGGCAUGUUACUGUGUCUUGCAUCUGCUUGCUUCACUCAUAACCACAAAAUUACAUAUUUACCUGAUUUGUUUGAUAUUAAUAGUUAGCAAUUGAUACUUAACAAAUAGGAGGAUAUUUCUGUCCUGUUAGUGUCUGUGUUUUUAUGGUCUCCCCUCUAGUUUCCUGCAGCUAAUCUGGGCAUAUGGUCACCAGAGAUGGCUUGAGCUGACAAUUUAGUUAGACUGCCUUACAUAGACAAGAUGUAUGUGGUGGGUGUAACCGAGAUGGAGAUAGCCAGGAGGAGUUUAGAACAAUUCCUCAUUGUCUCUAAAUCAUCUAAGCCAGGGUGGGGUAAAGACAACAACCCACGUGCAGAUAACGGCAGGAUGAACCCAGAGUGGUUUGAUGCUCCUUGGUCUGCAUGAGGGGGGUUGAACCAACCAUGACAGAGCAUUGUUAGUGUCAGCUAUAUAUAGUACUCUGCAUUUGUGUAAAGGUUAGGUUACUCAGUCCAACACUCAAGGGUGUGGGGUUGACCAGCCUAUUUAUUGCAAUAAUUAAUCGAUAUUUAAUAAAGAUGAUUGUUUGAAGAAAUUACAAUCUCUCUCAGUACUAAAUUUCCACGACAGUAUACAGAACCUACACUACAUGACCAAAAGUAUGGGGACACCUGCUCUUCAAACAUCUCAUUCCAAAAUCAUAGGUAUCAAUAUGGAGUUGGUCCCCCCCCCUUUGCUGCUAUAACAGCCUCCACUAUUCUGGGAAGGCUUUCCACUAGAUGUUGGAACAUUGCUGCGGGGACUUGCUUCCAUUCAGCCACAUCAUGUCUGUGUGCUCAAUUUUAAACACCUGUCAGAUUUGGGUGUGGCUGAAAUAGCCGAAUCCACUAUUUAAAGUGUCGUCCACAUACUUUUGUAGAUAUUGUGUAUGUGGUUGUUUUAUUCAAGAAGUGGUAUGCAACGUUCUUUAUACCAGUUUGUUUUUCUCAGUUAUUUACUAUAAUACUUUAAACACAAUGCUUUAUGCAAUAAACUUGUCAAGAAUA